AUGGUACUCUGUUGGUCAGGAUGGAUAUGGGCAAGGACUGGUUGCACAUUUGAUGCAGCAGGAGUUGGAAAAUGCCAAACAGGUGACUGUGGGGGAAGGCUGGAAUGUGAGGGAAAUGGUUCUGCUCCUCCUACCUCACUGUUUGAGAUAACACUUGGUGCAGGUAAUGGACAAGACUACUAUGAUGUUAGCAUGGUAGAUGGCAACAAUUUGCCAUUACUCGCUCUACCACGAGGUGUAUAUGGUGGUGUCUGUAAUGCCACAGGUUGUAUUACUGAUAUUAAUAGAGGUUGUCCAAGAGAACUUCAAUUACUAGGAGGCCAUCAAAACCAACAGGUAGUCGGGUGUAGGAGUGCUUGUGAGGCAUUCAAGACAGACAAGUAUUGCUGCAGAAAUACGUGCAAGCCUUCCUAUUAUUCAACCAUUUUCAAGAAGGCUUGUCCAAGAUCUUAUAGUUAUGCCUUUGAUGAUGGCACAAGCACUUUCACUUGCAAAGCAUAUGAAUACGAUAUUGUUUUCUGUCCCAACAGCAACGGGUAUACACUAUACAUCAUCUCACUCAAAUUCGAUUAA